AUGACUGCCCUAGCAUCAGCCCUUUUCGAACGAUCGACUGACGCGAAUUCCCCUCAGACUCUGGACCGCGUGUGGUCUGGUGUUAAGCAGAGCGGCAGUGGCUUCACCUCGGUGACUGGCACAUUCACCGUCCCAAAGGGAGGCAAAAGCUUUGGGCCUUCUAUCUGGGUCGGAAUCGACGGUUCCACAGAGUGCCCUGGGGGCGGCCUACUGCAGACGGGCGUCAGGCUUACCGGUAACGGUACAGCGUUUGGCUGGUUCGAAUGGGUUCCCCUGAGCGCGCCUGUGUUCGAGGGCUUCGCAGUCAGCGAGGGCGACGAUGUGAGAAUGACCGUCCACGCCUACGGGCCUUUCAACGGCUCGGCUAUCCUGGAGAAUCUCAGCACUGGGCAGACGGUGUCGCAUACUUUGACCAGCGCCGACGCCCCGCCAGAUGCACCGCUGUGUCAAAAGAGUGUCGAGUGGAUCGUCGAGGACUACAACAAUUCUGGAGGCAAUGACACCGGCAUCGUGGCGUCUCCCGACUACGGCACCAUUACUAUCCGCAAUGCGUCCGCGCAGGGAUCGGCGGGCACAAUCACUCCGGAGGGGGGUGAACUGAUA